UUUUUUUUUUGCUUGUUUAGGAUAAUCUCCUGAGAGAGGUUGUUGGACAACAUGGACUUAAUGAUUGGAAAUUAAUUGCUGGCUACUUACCUGACCGUACAUGUGUACAGUGUCAACAUCGCUGGUUGAAAGUGUUGAACCCUGAACUAGUAAAGGGUCCAUGGACAAAAGAGGAAGAUGAGAAAGUUCUUCAGUUAGUGAAUGUAUAUGGUCCAAAACGUUGGACACAUAUUUCGAAACAGUUGAAGGGGAGAACAGGAAAGCAGUGUAGAGAAAGGUGGCACAAUCAUUUGAAUCCUGCUAUCAAGAAAACUGCUUGGACUGAAGAAGAAGACAGUAUAAUUUAUCGGUUGCAUAAAACUCAUGGAAAUCGUUGGGCUGAAAUUGCUAAGAAUUUACCUGGAAGAACAGAUAAUGCUAUUAAAAACCACUGGAAUUCAACCAUGAAGAAAAAAUAUGAAUCAAUUGAUGAUCAAAAAAGUAGCUGUCCUCUUGUUUAUAAUCAUCCUUACACACCAAGUACUUCAGAAAGUAUGACAAAUCUACACCCAGUAAGGCUUUUUAAAAACCAAGGCUCAAGAACUGGCCACAUAUUGAGAAAUCUAAAACCCAGUAGCUUAACACAUGUUAUGGACAAUUGUGAUAUCAGUUUAAAAGUACAGGCAACUCCAGAACCAGACACAAACAAGAAAAAUGUGGUUAUAUGUUCAUCUGAUACCAGUACUUGUGGUGAAGAUAUGGAUAGUGGACUCAUAGAUUUUAACUCAUUAGAUCUGAAUGAUGUGACAGAAGAUAAUCCGAGUGUGACACCUAAUAAAUUUACAGGUUUAAAUAAAAAAGCAGAUCUUCGGUUUGAUGGCAGAGCCAUUGAUAAAUUAAAGUCCCCAGGGCGUUUGAUACCAAUUGUUUCUAAAGUGGCUUCUAAACUUUCUACACCACCAACAAUACUUCGAAGAGGUAAACAUCAGAAAAAGCAAUCUUAUUCUGGAUCCUUAGCAUCUUAUCAUCAAAUUUGUGAUGAUAAAAUGAAAGAAGAAAUGAAUCAAUACCUUCCAAAGUCAAAAGAAAAGUGCAGGGAAUUUGAAUCCCCUCCUUUGGCUAGUUGUGAUUUGGGAAAAGAGUCCAGUUCUGAUUGUUACACACCUCAACAUAAGAAUGAUUCUCCUGUAGUACAUAAAAUAAUUCAUAUCAAAGAAGAACCUGCUGAAUCUACUGGGGAUUUUAUUGACAAUACCUCGGAAGAAAUUAAAAAAGAAGAAAUGGUUUUAGAUAAUGAUUUUGACUUUGAAAAUCUUAACCCUUUAUUAGGAUUGCAACGGAAAGAUGUCAACAGAACACCAAGUGUAACACCCAUAAAAAAUCUACCCUUUUCACCAUCACAGUUUCUGAAUAGUCCAGAUGCUUUCUUCAACCGGAAAGUGAUUUCAACUCCUGUUAAUUCAUUGACCCCUAAAUCACGGAUUAGCAAACCAGAUACUUUAAGUACACCCUAUUUGAAGUUGAAUGAAAUUGAGUGUAAAUCUCUUCAGAAGACUCCAGUAAUCUGUAGAGAUGUUUUAGAUACUAAACCACGUACACCAACACCAUUCAAAAAUGCCUUGGCAGAAGUGGAGAAGCGUAAUGGACCAAUUAAAUCUAAUGUCGAGCAUUUGGAUGAAUUAACAGAAAUAAUUAAAGAAGACACAGGAAUAUCUCCAGUUAAUCACAUUGAUGAAAAAGUAACACCUAUUUUUCAGAAGCGCAAAAGUAAAAUUGAGGUCUCUGAAGGAAGUAAAAGAGCACGUCAGUCAUUAAAUGCAAAAUGGCAUAGUUCUGCUGGUUUUGAUGAUACCUUUUCAUUAAUGUCACCUGAAACUCCAAGCAAGUCAUUAGUUAGUGAUGAUAGUUUACUCUUGUCACCUGCAUAUUUGAUGAAAGAAACUUUGGCUGAAGGACAACUGGAAGGUGUAUGCCGAUUGCCUAAAUCCCCUCCUUUGAUAAAGUCGAAAAGAAAUUUCAUUUCUGAGAUAGAUCAUUUUUAUGAACAUGCCUGUGGGAAAACGAAAGAUCAAAUUGAAAUGACAGAAUUAGCCAGAAGUUACACGAGAUAAAGAGAAGAAGAAAGAAAA